GGGUCAUCUGGCGUUGGGAUCGUCUGGCUCAACAGCGGGCAUUGGGUCACCAGGCAUGACAGCGGGCACUGGGUCACCAGGCAUUGGAUCGUCUGGCCUGACAGCGGGCAUCGGAGGCAACCAGGCAUGACAGCGGGCACUGGGUCAUCAGGCAUUGGGAUUGUCUGACUCGACAGCGGGCAUCGGGUCACCAGGUAUGACAGCGGGAACUGGGUCACCAGGUCAUCAGGUUCAUUUGGCUCGCCAGCGGGCACCGCGUCAUCUGGCAAGGCCAGUAAUCACCGGAGUCAAACUGGCAUGACCGCGGGCACUGGGUCAGACAUUGGAUCGUUCUGGCCCGACAGCGGGCAUCGGGUUCACCAGGCAUGUGACAGCGGGCACUGGGUCAUCAGGCAUUGGAUCGUACUGGCAUCGACAGCGGGCAUCGAGUCAAUCUGGCCUAAUGGAAUCAUCAGAUGCUGGAUCAGUUCAUCAGGCAUAGAAACAUCAUGGGGUAGAGGCAUCAGGCUGAAUGGAGGCAUCAGGUUGAAUGGAGGCAUCAGGCUGGGUGGAGGCAUCAGGCUGGGUGGAGGCAUCACACUGGGUGGAGACAAUUCAGGAUGGGUGGAGGCAUCAGGC